GGACGAGGUCACUGCGCGCUCUGCUAGUCCUAUGGUGUUUGGGUCAGCUGCCGAGCCCUGGGUACAAAAUAGCAAAAUGGCACAUAGAGGAAACGGAACACUGAUCACCCACAACAACGCGACCUAUAUUCCACCUUCCCUUAUGCCUGGCUAUUGUGGCCAUGUUCCAAACAUCAAGAACCGAUACGGCGACACCUUUGGGAAUACCACUAUCAAAUACUUCCAGGACUUUCGCAGUAGCACGAUGUCCUCCAGCAAGAGCCCAUACAACCGUGGCGGGAUGUUCCCGUCCGUCUACUCCAACAACGGGCUCCUGGUUUCAGCCCACCGGACCGAGAACCGGGAAUGGGCUCUGAGCAUGCCUUAUUGGGCCCGGUAUAAUGUGGACUUGAAUCGACAUGAGACGAUUAAGAACUUCGGCCAGCUCGCUCAGAAACACCGGGAGAAGUACCGAGAUAAGACAGGAACUCGACUAGGCGUCACUCACUUCGUUAUUCCCGUGAAAUAUGUUGAGAAAUACCCGCGGGAGAAUAUACCAAUGCUCCCCACGGAGAAGACAUCAUCCACGCGUCGCUACCAGACCUUCCCUUCUGGGAUCAGAACAUGUCUGGACGACCGCUGUAUGAGGGAUGUGUUCUACGAACGCAGAUAAAGAAAGCCCCGGACGGUGUUCCUUCAGCGCAGAUACAGCCUACAACCACCAGGUGGCGCUGUUGACCUCGUUUUGUUCAAGGAGAUAAAGAACAGG